UCCUAGGACCUUUAAUCCAAUGAGGUCCAGACCAAACUGCACUAUCGACAGAGGCAGCAGAGGAGCUUGCUGAAAUUUUUACUGAAGUCAGGUGCAUCUGAGUUCCUCAAAAACUUAAGGCUUACCACAAAAAAAAAAAAAAAAAAAAAGCAACCCCAAGCAGACAAGAACUACUUCCAGCUCAGACACUGCCACUGCCCUGGAGAAGUUCUGAGAUGUUGUUGGUGCUGUUCACUCGGUGGAUGUGGAUCUUGCUGGGGAAGAGCAGUGUUCUCUUGCUUCUGGAGGUCUCUUUGAAGGGGAGAGCCCUACCUCCAGUCCGGUACUCGCACGCUGGGAUAUGCCCCAAUGACAUGAACCCCAACCUGUGGGUCGAUGCACAGAGCACUUGCAAGCGGGAGUGCGAUGCUGACCUGGAGUGUGAGACCUUUGAGAAGUGCUGCCCCAAUGUCUGUGGAACCAAGAGCUGUGUGGCCGCUCGUUACAUGGACAUCAAGGGCAAGAAGGGGCCUGUGGGGAUGCCCAAAGAGGCAACCUGUGACCACUUCAUGUGCAUCCAGCAAGGCUCAGAGUGCGACAUCUGGGACGGGCAGCCUGUCUGCAAGUGCAAGGACAGGUGUGAGAAGGAGCCCAGCUUCACCUGCGCCUCUGAUGGCCUCACCUACUACAACAAGUGCUAUAUGGAUGCAGAGGCCUGCAUCAAAGGCAUCACACUGAGUGUGGUCACCUGUAGGUACCAUCUCACCUGGCCAAACACCAGCCCCAUUCCCCCAGAAACGACAGCUCGCCCUACCACCGCCUACUCUGAGACCACAGUUGUGGAUAUCCUGCCCCCUGCGCUGGUGAACAACCCCGUCCAUCAGUCUGUCUACGUGGGAGAGACCGUCAGCUUCCUCUGCGAUGUCACUGGGAGACCCAAGCCCGAAAUCACGUGGGAGAAGCAGAUGGAUGGGAAGGACAAAGUCAUCAUGAAGCCAAACCAUGUCAGGGGGAACGUCGUGGUCACCAACAUCGCCCAGCUGGUCAUCUACAACACACAGCUGCAGGAUGCAGGAAUCUACACCUGCACUGCCCAGAACAGCGGUGGCCUCCUACAGGCAGAUUUCCCUUUGUCAGUCAUCAGAGGAGAGCCCACAUCCAAGGAAGCUUCCCAGAACAAAACACAUUUUCCAACUGACGAGUGCCUGAAGCAGCCAGACAGUGAGGACUGUGGGGAGGAGCAGACCCGGUGGUACUACGAUGCCAAGAAAAACAACUGCUUUACUUUCAUCUAUGGGAACUGCAACAGCAACCUCAACCACUUUGAGACCUAUGAGAGUUGCAUGCUAACGUGCAUGAAUGGCCCCAUCAACAUCUGCAACCUGCCAGCCCUCCAAGGCCACUGCAAGGCCUACGAGCCCAGGUGGGCCUACAACAGCCUGACCAAGCAGUGCCAGUCCUUCAUCUACGGCGGCUGUGGGGGCAACGAGAACAACUUUGAGAGCCGGGAGGCCUGUGAGGAGAUGUGCCCCUUCCCCAAGAACACGCACUGCAAGGCCUGCAAACCCCGCCAGAAGCUGGUGACCAGCUUCUGCAAGAGCGACUUCGUUAUCCUGGGCCGCAUCACAGAGCUGACCGAAGACCAAGACUCGGGACACGCCCUGGUGACGGUGGAAGAGAUUCUCAAGGAUGAAAAAAUGGGAUUAAAAUUCCUGGGGAAGGAACCUCUAGAAAUCACGCUGUUGAACAUGGACUGGAGCUGCCCGUGCCCCAACAUGACCACGGUGGAUGGCCAGCUCAUCAUCAUGGGGGAUGUCCACAACGGCAUGGCCGUGCUACAGCCAAACAGCUUUGUGGGCACCUCCAGCGUCCGGCGCGUGCGCAAGCUCCGCGAGGUCAUCCACAAGAAAACUUGUGAGCUUUUGAAAGAGUUCCUGGGAUUGCAUUAACCUCCCUCAUACCUGUGAGCCGCCCCGACCCGUGUGUUAGUAGGGCUAACAAGUGAUAGGCUAGUGCCAAACUAAACACACUGUUUGAAGAUACACUGUAGGAAUUAUGCAGAACCCCUAUUUUAAUCCAUUAAUGAUGCUUAGCAACAACAUAGUUUGGUCUUUGGCAGGCGUGUAAACCAGCAGCAAAAGGCCAUUAAUCUUGCAUUGAAAUAAAUUUGUCCAUAUAGGAGUGCCAUUUACUAGGUGACUCACUUCAGCAAUUAUAAAAUUUUUAUCUAGCUUCCAUCAUAUAUGACAGAACUCAUAGCAUUUGUUUGGCUAGUUGGUACACAGCUAAGAAAUAUGUAAUGCCAAUUUAAUCUGUCUCAUUCUCAGUCUGGUUCAUCAUUUUAAGGCACACGCUUGGCUUCUUAUAGCAGCAUUAAUAUUUCAAGAGAAAAGCCUGUAAAUUAUUGUCUACAUUUACAAUUGUGCCCAUUUAACCAACCUGUGCAUUAUGAGAUUGCUUCUUUUAAUUGCAAUUUUCCUUUUUUUUUUUUCCCUUUUAAAAACCUCAUUUUUAAAUGGCAACUACUACCUAUCUUGCAAUCCUUACUGGAGGAGAAACUCCCUUGAUCCUGUGCCCAGGACAACAGGUCCCUGUAAAAGCUCAAGGCACAGUCUCACCCUGAAAUGACAUUUCUGUCACCAGAACAAGGUCAGCAAACACCCUUGUUCUCUAUUUAAAUUUCAAUCAAUAUAUUGUCUAUUACAAAAAGUCCAAGCCAGAAGGAUGGCAAUGUGCUGCCAGCUGUCUUGCUUUUGAAAAGCCUUUACACCUGAGCAUACACAGGGAUUUAUUGCUUAUUUUGAGUAGCAAUCCUGCUUUUAUAGAUGAGACAGCAAAGCAAGAAGAGUCAGAGCAAAAUUCAACCUAGGAAAGUGCAAUACACAUUCUGCAAACUGCAUUAGGCAGACACAAAGCUUCUGAGUCUGAACUGCACAAACACAAGCAGACAAAGACUUUAAAGGCUUUCAGUGUCACCCUUUUAGAGUCUUUUUAGAGUCUUUCAAACCUCAGAAUACACUUUCCACCAGGCCACUGUAUAUAGGUGUAUGAAUGACUUCCCUAAGACAUCCAGCAUGGGCUGUGGGUGGGAGCAGGUGAGUACACAUAGGAUCAAUCAUUUUAACAUUUCUGUGUCCAAACAAUGUAACAUUUGCAUAUACAAAAUCCUUAAAUAAAGAAAAGGCUGAUCCUGCAAACAUCCUGCCUUGCUGAGGACUGUGAUUGCAGGGAAGAGGGGCGAGCCGGGCACAGUGAGCCUUGUCCCUGCUCCUUGUUCUGUGGGCUCAGGAAAGUGACUGUGGCAGAGCUCAGAGCUUGCUGCCCUGCACAAAGAGCCGGUUCAGGACUGGAGAAGUGUCAAGACAUGUCUGGGUGAGACGAAGGAAGGGAGGCAGGGAGGCAGGAAGGUGCAGGCAGUGCUGCCCCAUGGUGCCAUCUAACGGGCUCGCAGCGGGGUGGCUGAGGCUGGCAGUGGGCACACACAUGCUGCUGCAGGCAUGAGUUGGGGCUGGGAAUGGCAAGGGCUGGGGAAGGAGAUUAAACAGACAGAUGUUGGAUAUCUGCACCCCUAAAGCCUGUGCACGUGGCAAUUGCAGGGAGGAAAAUUCACAGUGAGAGAAACAGCAUUGUGGAUGUGAGUCCAGCUCUGCUUCCCCUGAUUCCACACUGCAGCAGCAGCCAAGCCAUGGAUAGAGACCACUGCAGGAUGGAAAGUGGUUUGGGCUUGGGUUAUUUUUGACAUGUUCCUGCAACAGGAAUGGAUCUAAAUCUCCAGUUAUUUGGAAAAUUUCACAAGAAGCUGCA